AUGGGUGGCGCAAGUCGAGAAGGCGGCAAAGUCAAGCCCCUCAAGGCACCAAAGAAGGAGAAGAGGGAAAUGGAUGAGGAUGAGAUCGCUUUCAAGGCCAAGCAACAAGCAGACGCAAAAGCCAAGAAAGAAAUGGCCGAGAAGGCAAAGGGCAAGGGUCCACUGAACGCCGGUCAACAGGGAAUCAAGAAGAGCGGAAAGAAAUAG